AUGAGAUUAAUAUGGUCUACUCUUGUCCUCCUGCUGAUCGUCCUUGUGAGCGCCGACGAUGAGGCCGCUUUGCUUGCUUUCAAAGCACAGCUCGGCCAUGGCGGCUCACUGGCCUCCUGGAACACCAGCGGUGGCUUCUGCCGCUGGGAAGGUGUGGCGUGCAACCACCGAAGGCCAGCAAGGGUGGUGGCGCUGAUACUGAACAAGAGAGGGCUCACUGGAGCACUCUCCCCGGCCAUCGGGAACCUCACCUUCCUACGAACACUCAAUCUGAGGGACAACUCACUCCACGGGAGGAUCCCAACGAGCCUCGGCCGCCUCCGCCACCUAAAGAGGCUCAUCUUGGAUGAUAACUCCUUCUCCGGCACUUUCCCGCCAAACCUGAGUUCCUGCGCCAGCAUCACCGAAAUGAGACUGAGCAGCAACAAGCUUAGUGGGCUCAUCCCGGCUGAGCUCGGCUAUAAGCUGACUUUCCUGUCUGUGAUGUCACUAAGAAAAAACAAGUUCACAGGGCCCAUCCCGGCGUCCCUGGCCAACCUGUCCUAUCUACAAACCCUUGAUCUCUCCUUUAACCAGCUCACUGGCUCGAUCCCAUCGGGGCUUGGAAGCAUCCAUAGCAUACAACAUUUCGAUUUCCAUGAAAACCUCCUCACCGGUAUGUUUCCACCUUCUCUCUACAACUUAUCAAUGCUAAAAGUAUUUGAUGUCGGGUUUAAUAUGUUGUAUGGAAGCAUUCCAAAUGAUAUCGGAAGCAAGUUCCCCAAGUUGACAGGCCUUCACUUACCUAGUAAUCACUUCACGGGAGCCAUCCCUCCCUCAAUAUCCAACAUAUCUUCCCUCGUCUAUCUUGAUCUCGUGACAAAUAGCUUUUCUCAGUACGUGCCUCCCACAUUGGGGAUGCUGGGAGCUCUCGAGUUUCUGAACUUGGCUGACAAUAGGCUGGAAGCGAAUGACACCAUGGGGUGGGAAUUCAUCACCUCUUUGGCAAACUGUAGCCGACUAGAGAUAUUGGAACUUAGUGUCAAUCCUUUUGGAGGGCAACUACCAGGUUCAAUUGUCAACCUCUCAACAACUCUCCAUGCCUUAGACCUAAUUGAAAAUAUGAUCACUGGGGUUUUUCCUACGGACAUAGGAAAUCUAGUUGGUCUGACAAGGCUUGUGAUAGUAGAUACUUUCAUAUCCGGAGUGAUUCCAGAAAGUAUUGGUAAGCUAGAGAACUUGAUCGAUCUAGGCUUGUACAAUAAUAGAUUGUCUGGCCUCAUACCUUCGUCUAUGGGGAACCUCUCACAGUUGAACAGGCUUCUUGCAGACAAUGGCAACUUGGAGGGGCCAAUUCCGGCAAGCCUGGGGGAGUUGAAAAACCUUUUUGAACUUGACCUAUCAAAGAAUUACCAUCUUAAUGGUUCAAUACCAAGAGAAAUUUUCAAAUUAUCCGCCCUUUCUUCCCUUUUGGAUUUAUCGUACAAUUCCCUUUCCGGACCACUUCCUAAUGAAGUUGGCAGUUUAAAAAAUCUUAACCACCUCAUUCUAUCAGGAAACCAAUUGUCUGGCAAGAUACCCAAUAGUAUUCAAAAUUGCUUAGUGUUGGAAUUGCUAUCAUUAGACAACAAUUUGUUCCAAGGAAGCAUACCUUUGUCACUGAAAAAUAUGAAGGGGCUUAGUGUAUUGAACCUGACCAUGAAUAUCCUCUCGGGUAAUAUUCCUGAUGCCCUUGGAAAUAUUGGAAACCUGCAGGAGUUGUACCUAGCACACAACAACUUCUCCGGGUCAAUCCCAUUGGUUCUAGAGAAUUUGACAUCAUUGUCAAAACUGGAUGUAUCUUUCAAUAAUUUGCAAGGUGAGGUACCAAACGAAGGUGUUUUUAGAAACAUCACUUACUUAGCGGUUGCUGGGAACAUCAAUUUGUGUGGUGGUACACCUCAACUUCACUUGCCUCCAUGCUCAACAAGACCCUCAAGCAUGAAAAAAAGAAAGAUGCGAAAGUCUCUUGUAAUUUCUCUAGCGGCAGCUGGAGCAAUCUUGUUGUCACUUUCAGUUAUUCUCCUUGUUUGGAUACUUUGCAAGAAGCUCAAACAAAGCGAGAAGACAGUAGCACACAAUUCAGUUGUUGAUGACCAUUACAAGAGAAUCCCCUAUCAUGCAUUAUGGAGAGGAACCAAUGAAUUUUCAGAACUCAACCUACUCGGGAGAGGAAGUUAUGGUGUGGUUUAUAAGUGUGUUUUGGACAAUGAACACAGAACAUUGGCUGUCAAGGUGUUUAAUCUUGGUCAAUCCACGUAUUCAAAGAGUUUUGAGGCGGAAUGUGAGGCCAUGAGAAGGAUACGACACCGUUGUCUCAUUAAGGCCAUUACUUCUUGUUCGAGCGUCAACCACCAAGGUCAAGAGUUCAAGGCAUUGGUUUUUGAGUUCAUGCCCAAUGGUAACUUGGAUAUUUGGCUUCAUCCAAGAUGCCAAGAGCCCAUUUUAGACAACACACUCAGCCUUGCCCAGAGGCUUGAUAUUGUUGUUGAUAUUGUGGACGCAGUGGAAUAUCUGCACAACUACUGUCAGCCACCGGUGAUCCACUGCGAUCUUAAGCCAAGCAACAUUCUUCUUGCUGAAGACAUGAGUGCACGAGUUGGAGACUUUGGCAUAUCAAGGAUCCUUCAAGAAAAUACAAGUGCGGAGAUGCAAACUUCAUAUGGGUCAACUGGAAUUAGAGGUUCCAUAGGCUAUGUUGCUCCAGAGUACGGAGAAGGCUAUGCGGUCUCUACAGCUGGUGAUAUUUAUAGCCUUGGCAUAUUGAUGCUUGAGAUGUUUACUGGAAGGAGUCCAACAGAAGACAUAUUCAAAGAUUUAUUGGAUCUGCAUAGGUUUGUCGAGGAUGCUCUUCCAGAUAGAACACCGGAGAUAGCAGACCCAACAAUGUGGCUGCACAAUGGACAACAUGAUAACAAUGCAAGUAUUAGAAUCCAGGAGUUGUUGGUUUCAGUCUUGAGGCUUGGCAUAACCUGCUCAAAGCAGCAUCCUCGAGACCGAGCACUGACAAGAGAUGCAGCAGCAGAGAUGCACACAAUAAGAGAUGUGUACCUCAAGUUCAUAGCGGAGCAUGGAGAAGAACGAGAAUCCUCGACGAGAGAAAUCCAGAACAACUUUGAAUAA